UUUUUCUAAGAAAAAACAAGGAAAUGUCUACAUUUAUUUAACAUUUCUGAUUUUUCACAAAUAUUUGUUUUCGUAGAACAAUGACGCCGAAAAUCAAAAAGAGAUUUGAUAGGCUCGUUAUGUGUGUUAGGUUGAAUGACAUUCAACGGCUAGAACACUACAUAAAGCGAAAGAAAUACGCAAAAAUGCAUCUGGACGAGACCAGGAUCAACAAAAGGAGAGAAACAUUGUUACAUUUAGCUUGCAGAUUGGGCAAACAUGAAAUUGUUAAAUUCUUGCUGAACAACUUGAUUGGAGAUCCAACUUCCAUGGAUUACAAAGGAAACACACCACUUCAUGUCGCAUUAAAGGCUAUUAUGAAAAUUGAUGAAAAAAAUCUAUAUAUAGCAGCUUACAGAAAAAUGAUACUUGCAAAUCUUAAGGAAAUGUCUGUGUCACUAACUCAAACUAAUCUGAACGGCCAAACAGCAAAAGAUCUUUUGGACCUUGCCGAUUCAGUUUACCAAUAUCAUUUAGGAGGAAGUGAAAAAAAGGAGGAGUAUUCCCAACAAAAAAAUGAGCAAGAAUGGGAACGAAAACUUGCAGCAGAAUUAGACUAUGAAUAUGAAAAUCAUUGGGGAAAAUAUGAAAAAGACUUUCUUCAAGAGGACACAGAUGAAACAGAAUCUUAUGACUCCUGGGCUACACGAAUGAUUUUUGAGCAUAAACAGAAAAACUCAGCUCGAAAAUUUUCUAUUCCAUCACAAGCACAAUCAAACCAUAAGUCGUCGUGGACUGAAGAAGAUCAGAAGAAAUUUUUGAAGGAUGAAGAAACAAGAAGACAACUGCAAAAAACUUCUAGGACAGCCGACAGAAGAUUUCUAUUUCUUUCUAAACUUAGUAUGCUGAUUAAGACGGAAAAUCCGAUUGAAAUAUCAGACCUCCCGUUUCAGCUCACUGACACUGUUGAAUCAAUUGGACAAGUAAUAUUGUUACACGUUAAGGAAUCAGAAGAUGCUGAUGCUAAAAGAAAGGCUUUACGUGAACUGCAGCGCCUGUGGCAUCCUGAUAAGUUUUCGCAGAAGUUUAGUACGCGGUUAAAAGAAGAAAUUCGUGAAAGUGUUUUGAGAAAGGUUACAGAAAUCUCGCAGUAUUUAAAUGCAUUUAAUUGUGGUACUGAAGCAAAUAAUAGUAGAUAGUGUUGUGAUGCAACGUUUUGUAAAUUUAAAAAAUAUAAGAUUUUUCGAAAAA